AUGCAGAGGUCACUGGUGGCACUGAUCGCUCUGUAUCACGCGAGCAUACUCGGCCAGUGGCACGCUACUGCCACCGUGCAGCACACCAACGCCGCUACAACUGACAGAGGAAGCCCAAAAAACUCCAACAAAACUAUAGACUUUGUAAACGUAAUCAAAGAGGGUCUAAGGCGAAAUAACGAUGACUACGAGAUUUUCAAACAUAACAUGUUUCUGGGGAAGCCCACUAAUGGACCACCCGAGGUUGUGCGCCAGACUGCGGAAGUACCGCAAUUACCUAACCGCAUCCCGGUCAACUGGGUGCCGCCUCCAGGCCACGCGGAGAUGCGACGACCUGGCCCUCCUGCGCACGGUGCUGGCACGACACCUCGAGUCGUAGUUCGACCGGAGCAUCAACCAUUACGGCGCUCUGGUAGUGCCAGAGCGCGACCCACACCCCUCAUACGGCAGCCAGUGCGCGGCCAGCCUUACCGCGUGCAACAAAAGCCCCUGCCCCUGCGCCCCAUGAAUGCCAGUCGAGGUAUCAACACGACAUUGAACAACAACACAGCUCACUCCGACAAAAAGACUCCUAACGUCACUCAGUUCAGAAGUUAUACACACUCCAAGCAUUACAAAAAAGUUCGUGUCGAUAAACUAAAACGACUGGUGGAUAAAGAAAAGAUGCGGAUGCGAAUACAGAGCGACCGAGCCGGUCCUGAACCUCCACAGAAAGUGGGGGAUCAGCCAACAGAGAAAGCGAAAGGUGGUGAGGUGGGGGUUGUGACGCACGCUACUGGCGGCCAGACCGAGAGCACGGACACAUCAGCAACGACUCCGAGUGCCAGCGAGAUGGCACAGAGCACGACGCCGUCGAUAUUACAGAUGCUGGCGACUACUCACCGCUCUCAUCAUGCCAAGAAGUACAACUGGUCGGACCUUGGCAAGCUGCGCCACGAGAAGCGCCUGCAGUCUCCCUCCCCCGACCAGCUCGACAUGGCGCCCGCCCGCGGACCCUCCAUCACGCUCAUACGUUUUAAGGGCCGGCUGUGCCAGCGCAGUGUGCUGAAUAUGGAAGGACCUACGUACGGCAAGGACGGCUCUGUAGUGAUGGGUCCCUACAACCCCGAGAACGCGAAGGGCCGUGACUUCAACAACACCACGCCCGCCAACCCGCUUCUGCCUCGCUGCUGCAACUGCUGCAAGAAGUCCGUCCUGGGCUGCCAGUGA